UGUAAAAUAAAUGUGAUACCAAUUGUGAAUUGUCCCACCUACAGCUGUGGAAACUUUCACUUUAUGCUAAAGCAAAAGCAAAAGCAGAAAAUGAAAUAUAAUUAACAAACAUAAUCUUACAUUAUCAAAAUCAGAGAAACAAGUAGUGUUAGCUAUCUAGCAAGCGAUAAUGGCGGAUGCUAUCGUUUCCGUUGUGUUGGAGCGUAUUGCAGCUCUCGUGGAACAGAAGAUCCGAUACGAAGUAAAUUUGGUGAGAGGAGUGAAGAAGGAGAUUCUCAAACUUUCCGUUGAUCUGAACACGGUCAGAAACGUGUUGGAGGAUGCAGAGAAGAAAGGAUGCACGGACAAAGUCGUCAAAGGUUGGCUAACGAGGCUCGAGAACACGACCUGCGAGAUGGACGACGUGUUGGAAGAAUGGAACCACUCCAUUCGCACAUUUCAGAUCGAACAACAAUCGUCUGAUCGUGAUGUUGUUCCUCAUAAUAAGUGCACGGUACGCUUCUGCAUCCCUCGCUCGUGUUUAUGCUUCAAGAAAGUUUCUGUACGUCGUGAAAUUGCCUUGAAGAUAAAAGAAGUGAAAGAAGUGCUCGAUCAAAUUUUGGCGGAGAAAGAUCGGUUCGGUUUAACGAUCGCGGCGUCGCAGCCAUCUGAUCGUGAAUCUUGGCGAGGUCAAACUACUUCUUUCGUCGACUUAGAGGAAGUUUAUGGACGUAAGUUUGAGAGAGAAGCUCUGGUGAGAAAACUUCUCGGUGAAGGUGGUGGAAGCGAAGAAGGCAUCCGCGUUGCAUCCAUAGUGGGUGUGGGUGGCCUUGGGAAGACAACUCUUGCUCAACUAGCUUAUAACGAUAGUCGAGUAAUGAAAUUUUUUAAAUUAAGAAUUUGGAUAUCUGUUUCGGAUCCAUUUGAUGAGGUUGAGAUUGCCAAAAGGAUUGUCGAGAAAGCGGGAGGGCGUUUACCAAAUAGCAUGGAUUUAGAUGGGAUGCUACAAUGUGUAAAAGAGUCGAUUUCCGGCAAAAAGUUUAUUCUUGUUAUGGAUGAUGUUUGGACGGAAGACGAUACCAAGUGGAAACUCUUGAAAAACGCUCUCAAAAGUGGUGGAAAGGGUAGUAAAGUUUUGGUGACGACUAGAAACGAGAGGGUUGCAAAAAUGAUGAUGGGGGAGUUUAUCGAGAAUGAUUGGAUGAUCCAUCGUUUAGGAGUUCUCAGUGAUGAAGAUUGUUGGUCGUUAUUCUGUCGGAUUGCCCUUUGUGGUAAGAGCAAGGAUGCAUGCGAAGAAUUAGAGAACACGGGUAAGGAGAUAGCCAACAAGUGCAAGGGGUUGCCACUUGCAAUAAAGACUUUGGCGAGUGCUUUGCGUUUCAAGAAUACAUUGGAAGAGUGGGAGCGCGUGUUGGGUAGUGAGAUAUGGAAGUUGGAGGAAGUAGAAGACGACGUCUUCCGCCAUUUGUUUCUGAGUUACAAUGAGUUGUCCCCAACAUUGAAGCAUUGCUUCUCGUAUUGCGCCGUGUUUCCUAAAGAUACAAGAAUCGAUGUGGACAGUAUAAUUGAAAGAUGGAUGGCCAUGGGUUACCUAGGAUCGAAUGCUGACGACGAUGAUGACUGGAAAGUUCGAGGGAGAGGGUACUUUGGUAAUUUAGCGGCGCGUUCUCUGUUUCAAGACUUUAGGAAAGACGGCGAUAAAGAAAUAAAUUCGUUUAUGAUGCACGACAUUGUACAUGAUUUUGCUCAAUUCCUGAGGAAGGAUGUGGGGUCAAUUAGGACGAUGAAAACAACUUGCGGAACGUGUAACUCUUUGUUACUUUCCAAGGUCGAAAAAUAUCGUAGCUGCUUAUUUGACAGCGAAGAAGUUGUCGAACCACAUGUUUGCGAUUCCCAAACAAGGGUGAGGUUGCUUGAUUUAAGAAAUUGCCGCUUGCAUGAUAUUCCGAAAGAAAUAGAAAAGUUGAUUCACUUGAGGUGGUUGGACUUGGGUUAUAACCUAUUUUUCAGUGACGAUUUCAAGUCCAUUGGCAAGUUGUAUAACUUGCAGUUUCUAAGGGUGGAUCAAUGUACGCUGGGAGGGAUUUCGUCGGAAAUCGGGAAUUUGAGUGAGUUGAUACACUUGGAUUUGAGCUCGAAUAGAAUACUGAAAGAGUUGCCGGAGAGCCUAUGCAAUUUGAGUAAAUUAGAAAGGCUGAAUGUUAACGAGUGCCGCGAACUGUGUGGACUUCCACAAGGGAUCCACAGGCUGAAGAAGCUCAAACAUUUGUGUAACGAAGGUACCUAUUCUCUGCAGCGAUAUCCACAAGGAAUAGCCGAAUUAACGAGCCUAGUCACGUUGAAUAAAUUCCUUCCUUGCGACGGGAAUAAGGUGGGGUGGUUGAAGAAUUUUAACCGAGUUAGAGGGAAAGUGGAGUUGUCGAUUAAAAUAAGCAGUUCGUGUUGUGAUUUGGUAGAGGAUGCUCGUGAGGCAGAGUUGGGGAAAAAGGUGCACAUUCAAGAUUUGACGAUAUUUUUUAACGGCGAAAAAGUGAACGAAAGUUCAUCAUCGUCGUCGUUGUCGUCUAUUUGGAAUGAAGUACUAGAUGCUCUUCACCCGCAUCCAAACCUCCAACAGCUGACUAUUGAGUUCUAUAACGGCUCUCGACUUCCGGGAUGGAUUGUGUCGCCCCUCAACAAACUCACAUCUAUUGUUCUCUUCUUUUGUGAACGCCUUCCGUCGCUGCCGCCGCUAGGUAAACUACCGCUACUCGAGACUCUUUCGAUUCAAAAUUUAUGUGAAUUGGAACAUGUUGGACGGGAAUUCCUCGGAAUAGCAACAGCAACAACAACAACAUCUUCGUGUUCGUCUUCGUGUUGGUCUUCGUCGGUGGUGGGCACUAAUACUAUUGAUGGUGGCUUUCCCAAGUUAAAAACACUGACAUUUUGGAGGUGUGAAAAGUGGAACAAGUGGGAGGACAUUGGUGCCGAAGAAGACGAAGAAGAGUAUUCAAUAAUGCGUUGCCUGACGCACAGGUUAAUAAUAAUGCCUUGCCUGACGGAGUUGGAGAUCCGUGGCUGCGAUGGAUUGACGGAGCUGCCGCAACGCCUCCUGCGAAAGGUGUCGCGGUCAUUGGAGAAGUUGAAUAUUAGUGGUUCAACACAACUGAAACAAUUUUACGCUGACGGCGAUGGUCGGAAAUUCAUUUCCCGCCACAUGAAUCCACGCCUUCGCUUCGCGUAUUAAUUGAGAUUAAUUAUUAGUUUUGUUUAGUUUCAAUUCUUCUGCCCUGCCUGCCUGUAAGGUAAUUGAGAUGGCAGAGGUGGUAAUUAAUUUCAUGCUUCUCUAUUGCCACAAUCCACACUUUGAGCUUUACUAU